AUGAAGAUCCUCUUCCUCUGCACCGCCUUCAACUCGCUAUCCCAGCGACUGGCCCUUGUGCUCAAGUCUCGCGGCCAUGCCGUGACAGUGGAGCUGGCCCUCUCGCCGCAGCUCAUGAUCUCGGCCGCCGAGCUCGCCGCGCCCGACAUUGUCGUCUGCCCUUUCCUCACCAAGCGCGUCCCUCCCGAGGUCUACUCGCGCUGGCUCACCCUCAUCGUCCACCCGGGCCCACCCGGCGAUGCAGGGCCCUCGGCCAUCGACUGGUGCCUCUUUGGCGACAUGGGCGAGGCCGACACGGCAGAGGCUCAGCUGGCCGCCAUCGACGCGCGUCACUCUGCCUCGGCGCCGCCACAGACCACCACCGCCGCCAUGCGCUCGCACUGGGGCGUCACGGUGCUGCAGGCCAUCGAGGCGCUCGACGCAGGACCCAUCUGGGCUUUUGACCAGUUUCCGCUCGACGAACAGGCCCGCAGCAUGACAAAGAGCGACCUCUACCGCGGGCCCGUGACGCGCGCCGCCCUCAACGGCGUGCUGGCCGCCAUCGACCGCAUCCAGGCGGCCGCCCAGGGGACGCGGUCCUACCCUCCCUCGCUGCCGGCGCCCGUGAAUGCUGGCAUCGAGUGCGUCAGCAGCGGCAUGCCCUUCCUCGGGGGCAAGACGCACGAGAGACCGCUGCUCAAGGCGUCGAUGCGCGACUUCCUCUUCCAGGGCCGCGCCAACGGCAGCGGGCCCCUCUGCGCAGACGCCAUCGUUCAGCGGAUCAACUCUGCCGACUCGCAGCCAGGCGUUCUGACCAGCCUGCUCGGCAAGCCGCUCUUCGUCUACGGCGCCGUCGUCCAACGCGAUCCGCUCCCCGAGGCCAUGGCCGCCCUGGCCCGCGAGGCACCCAGCGGCACGGUGCUGGCGACGCGAGAGGGAGCGGUUCUCGUCACCGUCGGCGCCGACCUGCCCAUCUGGAUCUGCCACCUUCGCCGGCCCAAGGCUAAGACCGACCGGCAGCUCCACCCCAAGCUGCCCGCCGUCAUGUGCCUGCUCUCGAUGCCCGAGCUGGCGCGCGACCUCGGCCUGCUCGACCGCGUCGACGAGUGGAGCCCUACCGCCGGCUUCGGGGCGGACCCCUCGGCGCCCUGGCGCCGCCGCCCGGGCACCUACCAGCAGGUCUAUGUCGAGCUUGAGUGGUACGGCGAGGGCGCCACCGUCGGCUAUGUCUACUCGGAGUUCUACAAUGGCGCCUUUUCGACGCUGCAGUGCGAGCUGCUGCUCGAGGCCAUCCACUGGACGCUGGCCCAGCCCGGGCUCAAGGCCAUCGUCAUGAUGGGAGGCUCGGGCUACUUUUCCAACGGCAUCGCCCUCAACGUCAUCGAGGGCUCCUCGGACCCAGCGGCCGAGGGCUGGGCCAACAUCAACGCCAUCGACGACUGCGUCGAGGCGCUCCUGGCGCCGCACGGCGUCCUGACGUUUGCGGCGAUGCGCGGCAACGCCGCAGCCGGUGGCCUGGCGGUCGCGACGGCGGCCGACGUGGUGCUGUCGGUCGAGCAUGCCGUGCACAACCCGCACUACCGCGGCCUCGGCCUCUACGGCUCCGAGUGGCACACCUACAGCUGGUACCAGCGCUGUGGCGCCGCCGUCGCCUCGAAGCUGGCGCGCGGCAUGCUGCCGCUCAGCGCGGCCGAGGCCAAGGCGGUGGGCCUGGUCGACCACGUCCUCGGCCAGGGCCACCUCGGCGCCCAGGCCGUCAUCGACGAGGUCAAGCACGUAGUCCAGCGCAUCGUCACGGCCAAGGUGCGCGACGUGGCCCACGACCGUACCGGCCUCCUCUCGAGCGCGGCGCCGUGGACGCGGGCCUUGCUUCCCGUCGUGGGGCAGGAGGUCGAUGACCGAUCGCUGGCCGACCAGCGGGUGACCAACAAGGCCAAGUACCUCGCCUACCUCUUCGCCGGCCGGCGCGAAGGGGCGACGCUGCGCCAGCACUUCCAGGUCUUCCGCCAGCACGAGCUCGACCAGAUGACGUACGAUUUCUUCCACCCGCACCGCGGCCAGCGCUUCCGCACGCGCUGCACCGCGUUUGUGCGCAAGCUGGUGCCCGAAGCCACGCCGAGCCGCUUCGCUCUGCACAGGAGAUACGGCACCGCCGACUGGAACGCGGCCAACGGUGGCGGCGGCGGCGGCAGCGGCGCCGUCGUGGUCGAGCGGGAUGAAGAGGAGCUGGAUGCCUUUGACAGCCUCGGCGACGUGCCGGCCACCGAGGCCGUGACGAGGCUGCCGCGCAGCCGUCCGGAGCUGCUGCCGGUGCGAAGCGUCAAGGCGUCCGAGAUCGACGGCAGCUCGCCCAUGUUCCGCAGCCCGAGCGACUUUUCCGACGGCGACGCCGACGCCUCGGACGCCAGCGAGUGGACGGUGCCGUCGUCUGCGCCGUCUGCCGCGUCGUCGCCGCGGCCGGGUACCAAGCGCUCGGCUGGCGCGUUUGGCGCCCACGUCCGCCGCCAGUCGAAGCCGGCCAUCAGCUUCGCUCCGACGACCGCCUUCGACGAGUCGGAGCCGUCGUCGUCGUCGGUCGAUGCCAGCAUCGUCUCGUCGACCAACGCCACCGUCACUGCUGGGCCUUCCUCGACGACGGCGGCCAGGCGGGAUGCAGCGGCGGCGAGGGGCCACCAUGCCCGCCGCGAGUCGUCGGGCCGCUCGGGCAAAGGCGGGUUCUACAACCGCUUCGUCAAGAUGUUUGCCUCGAUGUCGCGCAAGAGCGAUGGCGGCGACGAGUCAUUGGGCUCCUCCUCUGCCUCGUCCUCCUUUGGCACGAUGGCUGCUGUCCCGGGCCCGCAGGCGCAGAGCUACGAUGCGGCACCCCGGCGCACCGUCGUGAUGCACGAGGCGUCGACGGACUCGCUCCCCGUCGUCUCCUCGGCGGGGACCUACUCUGCCACCAUCCCGGCUCGACGAGCGACGCGCGGCAGCGGCAAGAGAAGACCUCUCUCCUACUCGGCCGCCUCUUCGUCGCCCAUGCCCUUUGAGAGCGGGUCGACGACCACCGCCACCGUCGUCGUUGGAGCGGGAUCAGAUGCGGGUGUGGGCCUGAGCGACAGGGCCAAGAGAGGCGCGAGUAAACGCUCGUCGAUCCACGUCUCGUCGCCAUCGUCGAGUCCCUUCUUGGGGACCAAGCCACCCACCGGUGUCGUCGAGAGCGGAGGGGGCGACUGCCUGUUUAGCUGUUAUUACGCCGAGGACGGGACCGCUUCGUCGCAGCACCCGACCGUCGUGGGGCAGAGGUAG